CAUCAGGUGAAGGCCUUGAGGGUUGUUUCUGCGGCGCCGCUCCUCCUAGGAUGGCUGCCCUAGUUGUAAACAAGCCUGGAGCGGGACUAGACAGUGGUCGUCAGGGCAGCCGGGGGACGGCCGUGGUGAAGGUGCUGGAGUGUGGAGUUUGUGAAGAUGUCUUUUCUUUGCAAGGAGACAAAGUUCCUCGCCUUCUGCUUUGUGGCCACACAGUCUGUCAUGACUGUCUCACUCGGCUGCCUCUUCAUGGAAGAGCAAUCCGUUGCCCUUUUGAUCGACAAGUAACAGACCUAGGAGAUUCAGGUGUCUGGGGAUUGAAAAAAAAUUUUGCUUUAUUGGAGCUUUUGGAGCGACUACAGAAUGGACAUAUUGGUCAGUAUGGAGCUGCGGAAGAAGCCAUUGGGAUAUCUGGAGAGAGCAUCAUUCGUUGUGAUGAAGAUGACGCUCACGUUGCAUCUGUAUAUUGUACUGUAUGUGCAACUCAUUUGUGCUCAGAGUGUUCCCAAGUUACCCAUUCUACAAAGACAUUAGCAAAGCACAGGAGAGUGCCUCUGGCUGAUAAACCUCAUGAGAAAACCAUGUGCUCUCAGCAUCAGGUGCAUGCCAUUGAGUUUGUUUGCUUGGAAGAUGGCUGUCAAACUAGCCCACUCAUGUGCUGUGUCUGCAAAGAAUAUGGAAAACACCAAGGUCACAAGCAUUCAGUAUUGGAACCAGAAGCUAACCAGAUCCGAGCAUCAAUUUUAGAUAUGGCUCAUUGCAUACGGACCUUCACUGAGGAAAUCUCAGAUUAUUCCAGAAAAUUAGUUGGAAUCGUUCAGCACAUUGAAGGAGGAGAACAAAUAGUGGAAGAUGGAAUUGGAAUGGCCCACACAGAACAUGUACCAGGUACUGCAGAGAAUGCCCGAUCAUGUGUCCGAGCUUAUUUUUCUGAUCUACAUGAAACUCUGUGUCGUCAGGAAGAAAUGGCUCUAAGUGUUGUUGAUGCUCAUGUUCGAGAAAAACUGAUUUGGCUCAGACAGCAGCAGGAAGAUAUGACUAUUUUGUUAUCCCAGGUUUCAACAGCCUGUCUCCAUUGUGAAAAGACUUUGCAACAGGAUGAUUGUAGAGUUGUCUUGGCAAAACAAGAAAUUACAAGGUUACUGGAAACAUUGCAAAAGCAGCAGCAGCAGUUUACAGAGGUUGCAGAUCAUAUUCAGUUAGAUGCCAGCAUCCCUGUCACUUUUACAAAGGACAAUAGAGUUCACAUUGGACCCAAAAUGGAAAUUCGAGUUGUUACGUUAGGAUUAGAUGGUGCUGGAAAAACUACUAUUUUGUUUAAAUUAAAACAGGAUGAGUUCAUGCAGCCUAUUCCAACAAUUGGUUUUAAUGUGGAAACUGUAGAAUAUAAAAAUCUAAAGUUCACCAUUUGGGAUGUAGGUGGAAAACAUAAAUUAAGACCAUUGUGGAAACAUUAUUACCUCAAUACCCAAGCUGUUGUAUUUGUUGUUGAUAGCAGUCAUAGAGACAGAGUUAGUGAAGCACACAGUGAACUUGCAAAGUUGUUAACAGAAAAAGAACUCCGAGAUGCUUUGCUACUGAUUUUUGCUAACAAACAGGAUGUUGCUGGAGCUCUGUCAGUAGAAGAAAUCACUGAACUUCUUAGUCUCCAUAAAUUGUGCUGCGGCCGAAGCUGGUAUAUUCAGGGCUGUGAUGCUCGAAGUGGUAUGGGACUGUAUGAAGGGUUGGACUGGCUCUCACGGCAACUUGUGGCUGCUGGAGUAUUGGAUGUUGCCUGAUUUUAAAAGCAGCAGUUUAAAGUUUUGUGGUUAAGAGUUAUUUUGCACAUAAUAUGUAAGAAAUAAUACAUCUCAAAGGUAGUUAAUUUACGAUGUAUAUAUAAAAGGAAUUUUAGUUUGGGAAUUCAGUACAAUAUUGCUUUUAAAAAACUGUAGUAAAAUUUAAAUAUCUGAUGGAGCAGAUUAAAUUGGAUUAAAUAGGGACUUACUGGGUAUA